CAUCUUUCGGUCUCAGUCUCGACCAGCUGAGGGUUGCUCGCGACGAACUCCUCUUGGCGCCUCCCGCCGCCACCGACGUUCCCUGGGCCUCGGCCGACGGAUCUGCAACCCUCCGCGUCCUAGUCACGCACCGCCACCAUGGUGAAGCUAGGGAAGGCUGCUAAAAAUCAAGGUGAGCCAAAGAAAAUGGCUCCUCCCCCAAAGGAGAUAGAAGACAGUGAGGAUGAGGACAUGUCAGAAGAUGAAGAAAGCAGUGGAGAAGAGGUUGUGGUCCCUCAGAAGAAGGGCAAGAAGGCUGUGGCUACCCCAGCAAAGAAGGUGCCACCAGCCAAAAAAGUCGUUGUUGCCACACCUGCCAAGAAAGCAGCCGUGACUCCUGGUAAGAAAGCAGCCACUGUGACCCCCGCCAAGAAGGCGGCCACCCCCGCCAAAGCUGUUGCCACACCAGGCAAGAAGGGGGCUGCCAAAGCAGCGGCCACCCCUGCCAAAGCAGCAGUGACCCCCGCCAAAGGGGCAAAAAAUGGGAAGAAUGCCAAGAAAGAGGACAGUGAGUCUGAAGAAGAGGACAGUGAAGAUGAGGAGGAUGAAGAAUUUGAGCCUCCCAAAGCUGCAAAGAUGGGAACAACUCCUGCUAAAGAAGACUCUGAGGAUGAGGAAGAUGAAGAGGAGGAUGAGGAGGACAGUGAGGAUGAAGAUGAUGAGGAUGACUCUGAAGAAGAAGCUAUGGACACCACACCUGCAAAAGGGAAGGCUGCUGCUGUGAAAGCCACUGCCGGGAAAGCUGGGAAGGCCAAGGAAUCCGAGGAGGAGGAGGAAGAGGAGGAGGAUGAAGACGAUGAAGAGGAGGAGGAAGAGGAGGAGGAAGAAGAGGAGGAGGAGGAGGAAGUGCCCGUAAAGGAAGCACCAGGAAAGAGGAAAAAGGAAAUGGGCAAACAGAAAGCCCCUGAAGCUAAGAAACAGAAACUGGAUGCUGAAGCGUCAACAAAUUUCAAUCUCUUUGCUGGUAACCUGAACUUCAAUAAAUCUGCUUCUGAGCUAAAAACUGGCAUCACAGACUUCUUUGCAAAAAAGGACCUUACUGUUGCGGACGUCCGCAUUGGUUCCACCAGGAAGUUUGGCUAUGUGGAGUUUGAAUCUGCUGAAGAUAUGGAGAAGGCCCUGGAACUCAGUGGCUCCAAAGUGCUGGGCUCUGAAAUUAAGCUGGAAAAAGCAAAAGAGAACAAGAAAGACCGAGACGCAAGGACACUCUUCGUUAAGAAUCUGCCCUAUAAAGUAACUCAAGAGGAGCUCAAGGAAGUGUUUGAAGAUGCCAUUGAAAUCAGACUGGUCUGCACCAAGGAUGGGACCCCCAAAGGGAUUGCCUACGUUGAAUUUAAGACAGAAGCAGAUGUGGAUAAGGCCCUGGAAGAGAAGCAGGGCACUGAGCUUGAUGGCCGGGCGCUCAUUCUGGACUACACAGGGGAGAAAAGCCAGGGACAAGAGAACUCUAGAGGUGGGAAAAAUAAUUCCUGGGGUGCGAGCAACAGCAAGCCAUCAGACUCAAAGACCCUGGUGCUGAAUAACCUGGCCUACAGCGCCACCGAGGAGAGUCUACAGGAGGUGUUUGAGAAGGCAACGUCCAUCAGCUUGCCCCAGAACAACCAAGGCCGACCUAAAGGGUAUGCGUUCAUUGAAUUUGCCUCUGUGGAAGAUGCGAAAGAAGCUUUGAAUUCUUGUAACAACAUAGAGAUUGAAGGCAGAGCCAUCCGGCUGGAGCUGAAGGGACAGAAAACCGCUAAUGCGGCCCCAAGGAACCAAUCCUAUAAAACUUUGUUCGUCAAAGGCCUGUCUGAAGACACGACAGAAGAAACGUUGAAAGAUUCAUUUCAUGGCUCUGUGGGUGCCAGGAUAGUCACAGACAGGGAGACAGGGUCUUCUAAAGGGUUUGGUUUUGUGGAUUUCAACUCAGAGGAAGAAGCGAAAGCAGCGAAAGAGGCCAUGGAGGAUGGGGAAAUUGAUGGAAACAAAGUGACCCUGGACUGGGCCAAACCCAGUGGCUUCGGAGGCCGAGGGGGCGGCCGUGGUGGCGGCGGCGGUGGCCGUGGAGGCUUCGGGGGCAGAGGCGGGGGCAGAGGCGGAGGCCGAGGGGGCUUUGGAGGCAGAGGCCGAGGGGGCUUUGGAGGCCGGGGUGGAGGCAGAGGAGGUAGAGGAGGUGGCGGCGGCGACAAGCCACAAGGAAAGAAGACGAAGUUUGAAUAGCUUCCCCCUUCUUUUCCCCUGCCAUGUGAACGGACUCUGGGGGUUUGGUCCUGUCGUCUAAUCACUGACGAACCUUCUGAGGACAUUCCAAGACAGAUGGGCAGCCCCGCGGCGUCUUGGGCAAUCCUGGAUGACAUUUCAAAGGAGAGCGCAGCAGUUUUGACUGGACAGAUGUUCAUAGAAACUUUUUGCAGAGAUGGGUGAUAGCUGUGGGAGUUUUUGUCUAUGAGUUGUCUUGAGUUUAUAAUGUUUUACCCCAUGUACAAAACCAUUUUUUUCCUACAAAUACCCGUAGUGGUUGUUUUGUUUCCUUUUUUAUGCUCUUUUUGGAUGUAAAGAAAAAAGGCAAAUGUUUUCCCCUGGUUGCUGCUUCUGCAGCCUGUCUGAGGACACAUUAAAGGGCCUAACGUGGUGCAGACUUGA